AUUUUCUUUACAUUACUUAACGCAAUGAGAAGAAACAAAACAAUAUACUGUCGAGCCAAUUAUGAUCAUUAUGAAAGUGCAUGCAAGUCUUUUAGUUUAACUCCAGAUGACUACUUAUGUUUUAAUUACAGUUUGAAGGAGUCUGACUACUAUUUACCAUUAAAUAAUCAAGAUUCUGAACAAGAAGAUUCAUCGACUCGUCCUAUUCAACUUUUAACUCCCAAUCUUUCCACUUCUAUGAUUGGACCGGAAGUCAUUUUUCGCAUGGAUGUCAUUCUUGGCGACACAGAUCUAAAUUUGCCGCUGGAGUUCUUACGAUACGCGUUGGUGAACUGUCCAAACCUUCAACGGUUUCUGUACAAAUCUACUAGUAAUUACAAUCGUAGUAUAUGUAUUGAGGCCGAGCCAAAAAUGAGUGGUGGCAUCGUAAAGGGUAAGAAAAAAGUAUCAACUGCGACACAAAAAGACAUAAAGGUCGUUAAGACGGGAAACAUGGUCCCAUCAAAAGAACUAUUGCGCCUCUUGCAUAAAUACUUGCCUGCAACAGAAAAACUUAUAUGUGGCAUGAACGAUUUCAAAGAUCCGCCAACGGAAUUAUUUGAAGUAGACUUGAUACCAUUUAUUCAUUUGAAGUCAGUUCAACUAAAUGUUCUAUUGUUGUGUGAUGAAGACCAAGAUACCGCAUAUCUGGAACUACAAUUCGCGGAUAGAGAUUGUGGAUAUUACUGUUUGAAAAUAGAUGAUCCUGAUUUGACUGUGACUAAGAUCACUUUGAAACAAAUGAAAAAACAGAUAGGCGAAGCAAACAAAAGUAUUCGAAAAGCUGUCAUCAAGUGCCACAAGCGUGUCAGAUUUAGACUUUCCUAUGAAUAUUCAAUGGGUGUAGAAAUUUGUAAUGGAAAAAACAGUAUAUUUUACGGUGGAGUUAAUCUUGAAUUACUUUACCCUCACUCAUUUUAACUCAGGUAUUCGUCUAUAUUUUACCAGAACCUAUAUAAUUUCAGCAUGUAAUAAAUACCUUAGAGGUUACACGAUCCCUUUUUGUUACACGAUCCGAUUACAGGAUGUCGAAAAAAUAAAGAUUGGCGUUUUUUUUU